AUGCGGACCUCUGGCUGGCAAGUGUGUGUCAUUGCGGCCUCUGUCUUCUCCACGAUCGCGUUGGCUGACUUCAAGGUCGAUGGGGACCGAACGACGAGGUCCGAGAUGAAUUCUCGGUACGCCAACUAUGCCAAGUCGUGGACGCUGUCCUCGUCGGACGCGACGGAGAUCGAGUCGCUCGACCUGUCGCUCGCGGGCACUGUGUACGUGAGCUACUCGAGUGACAUCCCGUCGGACGUCGUGGGCUACGUCAAUGUCACGGGCAACACGAAGACCAUUGUCGAAGCCGUUACGGUGACCAACGAAGUGAACGGACUGCUCCCGGACUUGACGAGUCUUGACGACGUGUUCGGGGACACGAAGAAACAGCUCAGUGUGUCGCUCGACAACGACGUCACCCACGGCCACUUGCUGACGGAGAUCUUUUUGUCGAACCGGCGCAAAGUGACGAAGAUCGCCACUCGCCGCACAGCGGACGUCGUGGUCACGAACGAUGUGCUUUUGACGAGAAGCUCGACCCGCGGGCAGAAGAUCAGUGUCACUGGUAUGAGCACGUUGUACGUCUCGAUGCCGAACGCGGCGGUGAAGGUGCGCGAGAUCGACGCGCUGGUCACGGGCGGUGGCCGGAUGCAGUACCGUGCGAAGAGCCUCGAUCUGUGGCAGAAGCUCGAGCUCGAGGCGUCUGGAGACACGAGCAUCAAGAUGCUGUGCCCCGUCGUGAUCGCCGGUAAGCUCGAGCUGGAAUCCGAGUCGCAAGAUUCCGAGAUCUGUCUGUCGGCGCACAAGGUGAAAGCCGCUCUGCCGGAGGUUACGGGCAAGAGAUCCGUCUCGAUGCCGAACUACGGCGACGGUCUUGGUGCUCACGGGACCUCCGCGUGCUCUCUGUCCAAGGCGCCUCCGCGCGAGCCUUCCGAGUUCACUCCGGUGCCAAAGCGCAAGCAGGAGGACCUGAAGGAAGCCGAAGCUAGUGCUGCAGCUGAUGAGAAGGAGGAGGAGGAAGAGGCCGCGACCGGCUCGGGAGAUGUGGGUAAGGACGUCGAAGUGUACAAGGCACUUGUUAGCUCUUACAACGAAACGGACGUUGCUGCCGACGAAGAAACGUAUGAAACCGACGACAAGGACACUGACGGCAGGAAGAACGACCGCGACCAGGACAACGUGGACCCGCUGAAGGCGUUCGACGACGCGAAGAACAACCUCGUGAACGAGACGACGAACGCCAUUGACAAUGGAAAGAAGGCUGUGAUGGGUGGAGCGAAGAAGGCGAUCAUGGACGCUACGGGCAACCUAUUGGGGAACUAA